AUGGUAUUCGCUUCUUCGUCAAUUCAAUCUUCUAUUCCUUGGGACUCCUUGACUAUUGAUACUUCGCGACUUGAUCUCAUGGCCUCGGACAAAGCUGGCACAGGGCCUAUCGUGGCCGUGGACGAUGCCAUUGUCUCACCUCCUCGCUCCGAGCCCGAUGAAAAGGGUCCUACGGACGUUAGCAGUACCGAAGAGUCCGACAAGCCCAAGGACUUCCCUUUGAAGUGGAAGCUCACGGCUCUUGCUUGUGGUAUUGCCCUCUCGUGGGGCUCAUCGUUCUCAGAAAACACCCUGGGGCCAUUGAAAGAAACAUUAAAGAAGGAGUUGGAGAUUACCAAUGCUCAGUACGGAGCCAUCUCCUCGGCCACGUCGCUUGUGAAUACAAUUCUCCCAAUUAUCGGCGGAUAUGGGCUCGACUACUACGGUGUUGAAUGGGGAUCAAUGGUUUGCUCAGUCUUCAUUCUCCUGGGUGCUAUAAUAUCGGCUGCUGGUUCCAACCAAGACACGUUCGGUCUUGUCAUGGGCGGUCGAGUCGUCAUGGGUUUCGGCAGCACUGUCAUUGAGACUGUUACAUCCAAGAUUCUGGCACAUUGGUUUCAACACAGAGGACUUGGCCUAGUCUACGGUCUGGACAUUGCCGUCGGAAAACUUAUCGUUCUAGCAGCUAAGGCCGCCGCCGUUCCUAUGAGAGAUGCUUCUUCGUUCUGGGGCUGGGCAUUGUGGAUUCCGGCCAUUGUUUGCUUCGUCAACCUCAUACAAAACAUCUUCUACGUCUGGUGGGCCAGCCGCCGUCCCGAGUGGGCCAAAAUGCCUACAGGCAGACGGCUAGCCCAGCAGGCAAGAGACCGUCAGGUUGUACAGGCCGAGGGCGGACAAGCCGUCGAGAUAAAUAACACCGGCUCCCGUCACUUCACAUUUCUUUUCGAUUGGAAGACUAUUGCUCGUGUGCCCCGUUUCUUCUGGCUGGUGGUAUGCUCUCAAAUCCUUCAAGCUGGUGUCGUCGGCGGCUUCAACGGCCUCAAUGCCGACAUCAUCCGGUCGACUCGAGGUUCCACUGAGCAGAUCGCCGGCUACACGUCGGCCGUGCAACAAGUCAUUCCCGUCGUUUGUACACCGUUGGUCGGCAGUUUCUUCGACUUCUUCGGCCACAGAAUGAUGAUUGUCAGUCUGACAUCGGCUAUCUGGAUUCUGGUAUAUAGUCUCAUCGGAUUCAGCCAUGUCAAUGCUCUCGGCGUCAUGAUUAUUGCAUCUGUGGGAUCAACAAUGAACGCUCUACCGUUCUUAGCUUCCAUUCCCCUGAUGGUCCCGAGCCAAGUCGAAUUGGGUCUCGUCUUUGGCAUUUGGAAGGCAUUCAACAACAGCGGAAGUGUCGUUGUCGACAUGAUUGCGGGCAGGCUGCAAGAUAUUACCCCGGGACAAACGUAUGAGCGCGUGAUCGCUUUCUUCGUGGCUUGUAAGGUCUUAGAGUUCUGCCUAGGACUCUUCUACGGUGUGUUGGACAGAAGGUAUCUGGCUGGCAUUCUCACCAUGAGUGAGAAGAAGCGCCUGGUGAUUGAGCACGAGGGCAAGCUCGGAGAACCUAUCGGACGCAAGCCCGCCAAAGUCUUCACCAUAACAGGCAUUAGCCUCUUAUGUUCUCUAGUCGUCAUUGCUUGGGUUCUGUUCAUUAAAUACUCUCUUUAG